AACAAACCAAACUCGUGAAAUCGCAGGCCCAGACACUUUCUAUAUAUACUCACUCCCACCCCUUCUUUGGGAUCUCACAGCUCUCACUCUUUCUCCCUGGUUCAUUGAUCCCACUUUUCGUCUUCGUCUUCUUGCUGAAAAUCCAAACUUCCCCAGAUUCAGUUGUCCACAGAGUGAGGAUCUGUGGGGAGCAAUGGCUAACAGGAAUCUGGAGAAGAUGGCGUCCAUUGACGCGCAGCUUCGGCUUCUGGUUCCGGCCAAAGUGAGCGAGGACGACAAGCUGGUGGAAUACGAUGCUCUGCUUCUGGAUCGGUUUCUAGAUAUUCUUCAGGAUUUACAUGGGGAGGAUCUCAGGGAAACGGUUCAAGCGUGUUAUGAGCUUUCUGCUGAGUAUGAAGGAAAGCAUGACCCAAAAAAGCUCUCAGAGCUUGGAAAUGUAUUAACAAGUUUGGACCCAGGUGAUUCUAUUGUUAUUGCAAAAUCCUUCGCCCACAUGCUUAGCUUGGCCAACUUGGCUGAGGAGGUCCAGAUUGCUUACCGCAGACGACAAAAGCUGAAAAAGGGUGACUUUGCUGAUGAAAAUUCCGCAACGACUGAAUCAGACAUCGAAGAAACUCUCAAGAGGCUUGUGGGGGAUCUCAAAAAGUCUCCCCAAGAGGUUUUUGAUGCUCUUAAAAAUCAGACUGUUGAUCUGGUCCUCACUGCUCAUCCUACACAAUCAGUUCGUAGAUCCUUACUUCAGAAGCAUGGAAGGAUUCGGAAUUGUUUAACCCAGUUGUACGCCAAAGACAUUACUCCUGAUGAUAAGCAGGAGAUUGAUGAGGCACUUCAGAGAGAGAUCCAAGCUGCAUUUCGUACGGAUGAGAUCCGAAGAACAGCUCCCACACCACAAGAUGAGAUGAGAGCAGGGAUGAGCUAUUUCCAUGAAACAAUUUGGAAGGGUGUUCCAAAGUUCCUACGUCGUGUUGACACAGCUUUGAAGAAUAUUGGGAUUGACGAACGUGUUCCCCAUAAUGCCCCACUUAUUCAGUUUUCUUCUUGGAUGGGUGGUGAUCGUGAUGGCAAUCCAAGAGUAACUCCUGAGGUAACAAGGGAUGUUUGCCUACUAGCUAGAAUGAUGGCUGCAAACUUGUACUAUUCUCAGAUAGAGGAUCUUAUGUUUGAGUUGUCUAUGUGGCGGUGCAAUGAUGAACUCCGUGUUCGUGCAGAUGUAGUACUUCACAGAUCCACGAGGAGAGAUGCAAAGCAUUACAUAGAAUUUUGGAAGCAAGUUCCUCCAAAUGAACCCUACCGUGUGAUUCUCGGUGAUGUAAGGGAUAAGCUUUAUCAUACACGUGAACGUUCUCGUCAGUUGUUAGCCACUGGACACUCUGACAUUCCAGAGGAGGCAACACUGAUUAGUGUCGAGCAGUUCUUGGAACCUCUCGAACUUUGUUACAGAUCACUCUGCUCUUGCGGUGACCGGGCAAUUGCUGAUGGAUCACUUCUUGAUUUCUUAAGGCAAGUGUCCACCUUUGGACUUUCACUUGUGAAGCUCGACAUUAGGCAAGAAUCUGACAGGCAUACUGAUGUGAUCGAUGCCAUCACCAAGCAUCUGGAAAUUGGUUCCUAUCGUGAGUGGUCUGAAGAACGCCGUCAGGAGUGGCUUUUAUCUGAACUAUGUGGCAAGCGCCCACUGUUUGGCCCUGACCUUCCAAAAACGGAAGAAAUUUCUGAUGUUUUGGACACAUUACAUGUGAUAUCAGAACUUCCAUCUGAUAACUUUGGAGCAUACAUCAUAUCAAUGGCGACUGCUCCAUCUGAUGUGCUUGCAGUUGAGCUCCUGCAACGUGAAUGCCAUGUGAAGAAACCACUGAGAGUUGUUCCACUGUUUGAGAAGCUUGCAGAUCUGGAGGCUGCUCCUGCUGCUUUGGCUCGGCUUUUCUCAAUUGAUUGGUACAGAGAGCGAAUCAAUGGAAAGCAAGAAGUCAUGAUUGGGUACUCAGAUUCUGGCAAAGAUGCUGGGCGUUUCUCUGCAGCAUGGCAGUUAUAUAAGGCACAGGAGGAGCUUAUAAACGUUGCUAAGAAAUUUGGUGUGAAGCUAACUAUGUUCCAUGGUCGUGGUGGCACUGUUGGAAGGGGAGGUGGGCCCACCCAUCUUGCCAUUUUGUCUCAACCACCAGAUACGAUUCAUGGUUCACUCCGUGUCACUGUCCAAGGUGAAGUUAUUGAACAGUCGUUUGGAGAGGAGCUCUUGUGUUUUAGAACACUCCAGCGUUUCACCGCUGCUACAUUAGAGCAUGGAAUGCAUACGCCAGUUUCACCAAAACCGGAAUGGCGUGCACUUAUGGACGAAAUGGCUGUUGUAGCUACAGAGGACUAUCGUUCCAUUGUUUUCCAAGAACCCCGAUUUGUCGAGUACUUCCGUCUUGCUACACCGGAGCUGGAGUAUGGUCGGAUGAACAUUGGCAGUCGCCCCUCAAAGCGAAAGCCUAGUGGAGGCAUUGAGUCCCUUCGUGCAAUCCCAUGGAUUUUCGCCUGGACACAAACAAGGUUCCAUCUUCCAGUGUGGUUAGGCUUCGGAGCAGCCUUCAGACAUGUCAUUAAGAAGGACAUUAAGAAUCUUCACAUGCUGCAAGAGAUGUACAACCAAUGGCCCUUCUUCAGGGUCACUAUUGAUUUGGUUGAAAUGGUGUUUGCCAAGGGAAACCCCGGAAUAGCUGCGUUAUAUGAUAAACUCCUUGUUUCGGAAGACCUAUGGUCAUUUGGAGAGCUAUUACGGUCCAACUAUGAAGAAACCAAGAACUUUCUGUUACAGAUUGCUGGACACAAGGAUCUUCUCGAAGGUGACCCGCACUUGAAGCAAAGACUCCGCCUGCGUGAUUCAUACAUCACAACCCUCAAUGUUUGCCAAGCAUAUACACUGAAACGGAUCCGUGAUCCAAACUUUCACGUGACAUUGCGGCCACACAUCUCAAAGGAAAUCAACGAAACAAGCAAGCCGGCUAAUGAACUUGUCAAGCUGAACCCGACAAGCGAGUACGCGCCUGGUCUGGAGGACACCCUCAUCUUGACAAUGAAGGGUAUUGCUGCCGGCUUACAGAACACCGGUUAAACGUGUAUUUCUGCUCUUUUCGUUAUGUUUUUCUGCUUUCGAGAGACGGGUUGUGUCCCGAAAAAACUGAGUUAAAUUUACCCGAAAGUGGAUGAUGCCUUUUAAUCAUCCACCAUAAGGCCAGAUAUUUGAGCGAACUUGUUUAAGUUCUGUGAUCAGAUUGCUGUGCAGAAUAACUAGUGCCAGCAUUGUUAUUGUUGGCACAAAAUUAAGUAAUCACUGAGUGGAACUGUUUUGUUGUGUUUCAAUGCAAAAUGGCAUUUAUGUGCUUCAUGUUUCA